CCUCCCAGCUGACGGCGCCUGCAAGAUGGCGGACAGGAACUACUUCGGUGAAGCCGCAGCUGCCGCAGCAUUUUCUUCUGCACCUGUUCGAGGUCUAAGCCCGCCGCUGGGCUGGAAGGAGCGUCUGCGGGCCGGGCUGGCAGGGGCUGGGGCCUCACUGUGGUUCGUGGCGGGGCUGGGGCUACUUUACGCUUUGAGAGUCCCGCUGAGGCUGUGUGAGCACUUGGCAGCGGUGACAGGAUUUUUAAAUUCACUGACACCCAAAUUCUAUGUGGCACUUACAGGGACAUCUUCUUUGAUAUCAGGACUGAUAUUUAUAUUUGAGUGGUGGUACUUCCAUAAGCAUGGCACAUCUUUUAUUGAGCAAGUAUCUAUAAACCAUUUGCGACCACUGAUGGGAGGAACAGAAAGCAGCAUCUCAGAGCCAGGUUCUCCCAGCAACAGAGAAUGUGAAACCAGCAGACAGAAUUUGUCAGAAUGCAAGGUAUGGAGAAACCCGCUAAACCUUUUCAGAGGAGCAGAAUAUAGGAGAUACACUUGGGUAACUGGUAAAGAGCCACUUACAUACUAUGACAUGAACUUGUCAGCACAGGACCAUCAGACAUUUUUCACCUGUGACACAGACUUUUUACGACCUUCAGACACAGUUAUGCAGAAGGCAUGGAGGGAAAGAAAUCCUCCAGCUCGAAUCAAAGCAGCCUAUCAAGCUUUAGAAUUAAACAAUGACUGUGCCACAGCAUAUGUUCUACUGGCUGAGGAAGAAGCAACAACUAUUGUAGAUGCUGAAAGGUUAUUUAAACAGGCGCUCAAGGCAGGAGAAACGAUUUAUAAGCGGUCACAGCAGUGCCAGCACCAAAGUCCUCAGCAUGAAGCUCAACUGAGAAGAGAUACCAAUGUACUAGUUUACAUUAAAAGAAGAUUGGCAAUGUGUGCAAGAAAAUUAGGAAGAAUAAGAGAAGCAGUAAAAAUAAUGAGAGAUUUGAUGAAAGAAUUUCCUCCUCUUACCAUGUUGAACAUCCAUGAAAAUCUAUUAGAAUCACUUUUAGAAUUACAGGCCUAUGCGGAUGUUCAGGCAGUCCUAGCAAAAUAUGAUGAUAUAAGCCUUCCAAAGUCAGCAGCAAUCUGUUACACAGCAGCACUGUUGAAAACGAGGACUGUUUCAGAUAAAUUCUCUCCAGAAACAGCCUCCAGAAGAGGGUUGAGCACAGCAGAAAUUAGUGCUGUGGAAGCAAUCCAUAGAGCUGUGGAAUUUAAUCCUCAUGUUCCGAAAUAUUUACUAGAAAUGAAAAGUUUGAUUUUACCACCAGAACAUAUUCUGAAGCGGGGUGACAGUGAAGCAGUUGCCUAUGCUUUCUUUCAUCUUCAGCACUGGAAACGAAUAGAAGGUGCUCUUAAUCUGUUGCAGUGUACAUGGGAAGGCACUUUUAGAAUGAUUCCAUACCCAUUAGAGAAAGGACAUCUAUUUUACCCUUAUCCCAGCUGCACAGAGACUGCUGAUAGAGAGCUGUUACCUACCUUUCAUCAUGUUUCUGUAUAUCCAAAGAAGGAACUUCCUUUUUUCAUCCAUUUUACAGCAGGACUGUGUUCUUCUACAGCAAUGAUAGCCCUUCUCACACACCAAUUUCCUGAAAUCAUGGGUGUUUUUGCUAAAGCUGUAAGUAUGAUCUCAAGGACUUGUAUAGAGUAUUUGUAAAGCACACAAGAAACAUCUCUGACCUGUUUGUGCUAACUCAGAUGAGCAGUAGAAGAUAUUUGUUUGUAAAGUUACUGCCAUAAAUAUGCAAACCUAAGUUUCUGGUGAUUUGAGCUAUACUUCUGUUGCUUUAAAGUUUAAAGAAUACAGUGCUAUAACAUUAUAAAGUUGUUUGUAGAUCACCUUUGGUGAUAGACAGCAUUCAUUACUAGAAUAAUCCAACUCUUUUUUGCCUUUAGUACAUUUUCUUUGGUACUUAAAAAAUUUUCAUAUUUUGUAACCAACUGUUUUGAUUUUUCCAUUUAAAUGAUAUGAUUAGUUCUGAGGAUUUGCUGAACUUUAUAUUAAAGAGUACAACUAGGAUAGAGAAUAACUAGGUAAGAUGGCCCCAGAUAUAGAAUGUUUUAUAUUAAAAGGUUUUCCCAGUUACCAGUGUCUGUAUCUUCUUAUUGACCUUCCCCAACUUGGGUAUAGAGCCAUGUAUAGGCCUUUAUUUUUAUUUUUAUACUUUAAUUUUGAACUGCUUCCCCAUUUUCUGACCCAGGAAGUACUUGAGGACCAAUAUUAAAGAGGGUUCCCCAUCACUAUUCAUAAUGUCAUUGGCUCAAGGUAAAAUUACCAAAGAGAAUUCCCUUUAAGUCUCUCAGCCUCAUAAAAGAAUGCAUCUUUCUUGUACAUCUUUAUAAGUUUACUGGGUGAUAAGCAGUUAAAACUCCAAAAGAAAAUGAUAAUUCAUUUUGUUUUCAAAUAUGAAAGCCCUGAGAACACUAGAAAAACUAGUCUUUGCUUGGCAAUAUAUAUUUUUCUCUGUAUGUCUCCAUUCUAACUCCCUGUUUUCCUCACAAUUUCUUUGCCUGCCUUAAGAAUAUUUUGUUUUGUGCCUUACAGAUUAGUUGACUUUAAUCUGGCACAAUGGUUAGAGCACUGAUUUCCCAUUUUCCCAGAAGGUCAACUGUACAAUAUGUUCAGUUGCCACUGGCUGUAGGCCUAGGAGUCUGAGUAUUCAUUUGAUUCUGGGUCAGGCGUCAAGAAGAAUGACUUUCCACUGUUGUUCGGGGAGUAUAGAUAUUUGGGUUGGAAACUGACUAUUCUAUUUCCUUUUUGUGUAAAAAGGAAGCUUAAUGAUUGAUCAUACUGUAACUGUUGUUUGCAAGGGUGCUGAUUGGGGAGUGAAUGUAUCUCAAAUUGAAAUGAUCUUACUGUGUGAUGCUGCAUGGGAAAAAAAUGGACUAGAAAGGGAAGCCCAUCAAUUUUAACAGCUGGGGGAAAAUGUGCAACUGUGUUUUUAAAACAUAGGCAAGCAAUGGGAGAAAUGGUUUGUGGAUUUCUCUCAGGCAUUAGAGUGGGAAGGAGGAAAAUUGAGCAAAGAGAGAGACCUAAAAUCUGGAAUAGAUAUGUAGCAACUGUUAGUAGUGUAUUUCCAUGGUGUACUGGCUGAAAUUAAUGUGGAGUGUACUCAUUGUAUGCUCUAUCCAUCAGUGUUCGUUUACAGUGACUGCCUUUGCCUAAGAGGUCACUAAUGGCACCAGAAGAGCCUUUAAGAUUACAUCGUAUAAGUUCCUUAGCACUCUUCUAGCAGAGCCUGAGAAUGAAGAAUUACAUAUUUUAAAGUGGAAGCUUCUUUUUAAGAUUUAAAAAAAAAAAGACUAAAAGUUAUUGAUAUACUGUGAUUCUAGUUGAUGUACAAUAAACAAGAUUUACUCACUUAA